UAUCUCACGUUUUAUCUCUGGUCAAACUUUUCUUUCUUCCUUUGGGGUUUGCAUAAUUUAGUUUGUGACUUAAAUUAAAAGCAAUUAUCAGAUAAAAAAAAAAUCUUUGAAAACCGGUAUUUGGAUAAAGUGAUGGACAAUUGAUUGAGGAACGGGAAACAGAGGCAUGGCGAUCGUCCUCUGCUCUUCACUAAAACCCUUCUUCUCUUUUUACCCUCCCAUCUCCCUCUCAAAACCCACUCUCCACCGCUUCAAAUAUAUAAUUCCCAAAACACCAUUGUUGUCUUCGUUUACAGUAAGAAGCAGAAAUGGUGGCAGCAUCCCGCCAUUACCUGAAACAGAGUGCCCUGUUCCGGCAGAUCAGCAGCCCAUAAACGAGUACCAAAAUCUUUCAACCUCCUUCCCUUUUUCAUGGGCUUCGGGUGAUUUGGUUGACUUCUGCAUGAGUUUGUUCGUUGUUGGCGCCUCGUUUUCUCUUCUUGUUGCUCUUCCAGUGGCCUGGUUUGGUACUGUGGGGGCUGAGUCUGAGCCUUUGAAGAGAAUUGUUGGGGCUGUUUCCAGUGGGGUUUUUGUCGUUACUCUUGCUGUUGUUAGGAUGUAUCUGGGUUGGGCCUACGUGGGAAAUAGGUUGCUCAGUGCAACUGUUGAAUAUGAAGAGACUGGGUGGUACGAUGGUCAGGUAUGGGUGAAGACUGCUGAAAUUUUGGCUCGUGACCGGCUUCUCGGUUCAUUUUCAGUGAAGCCUGUGCUGAGCAGAUUGAAGUAUACUCUUAUAACACUCGGAGCCUCACUAUUUGUUUGUGCUCUUCUUCUCGUAAAUUUGGAGGGAGGUCAAAAGGGAUCCUAUUUAGCACCCUCAGAAUCCGGGGACAGAGCCAUUCCUGGUGUUUACAACGAUGAUUCUGCGAAAUCAUUUGAGCCAGAUGCAUUCUGUGGUGAACCCAAUCUUUCCUGAUGGUUAGUCCUUAAGAAAGCAGUGGCAUUUUGCACAGUCCAGUAUAUACAUUCAAGACAAUAUCAUAAAUCUUCCCUGUACAGUUCUGUAUGUUGCUCUACCAGAUAUACUUAUAACAGCCAUUAAUGGUUUUCAUUAUCACAGAAGCAAAAUUGACCA